GUGCUGGAGAUAAAGGAAAAGUCGUUCAUUAUCAUUACAAACUGCUCUUAUUUAUAGACUAGUCUUGAUGGGUCUAAUGCGAUCAGGAAACUCAGAGAGACAUCGACAAUGGCGGAGGAAAACAAAGUGGUGCUUCACGGAAUGUGGGCAAGCCCUUUUGCGAAGAGGGUCGAACUUGCCCUAAGAAUCAAGGGCAUCCCCUUCGAUUACGUGGAAGAAGAUCUGAAGAACAAAAGCUCAUCCAUCCUCAAUUACAAUCCCGUCCACAAAAAAGUCCCCGUCGUCCUCCACAAUGGAAAACCCAUCUCGGAAUCAUUUGUAAUACUCGAGUACAUCGACGAGGUGUGGAACAACGAGGGCCCUCGCCUUCUCCCUCAAGACCCCUACACACGAGCCCAGGUCCGGUUCUGGGCCGAUUUCGUCCAGAAACAGUUGUUUGAGGGUCUAUUUUCGGCUAUCAAGACGGAAGGGGAAGCACAGGAGAGAGCCGUGGAUGAAGUCAGAGAGAAGCUGAAAGUUUUUGAAGAACAGGGGUUGAGAAGCUUGCUGGAAGAGGGGAGUCGGUUUGUGAAUGGAGAUGAAAUGGGGUUUCUGGACAUAGUCACGUUCACUGUGAUUGGGAUUUACAAGAUUCAAGAGGAGUUUCUGGGGAUCAAAUUUUUAGAUGAAGAGAAGACGCCAAUUUUAUUCUCGUGGCUGACCAGGUUGAAUGAACACCCUAUUGCAAAGGAAACAGCUCCUCCCAAAGAUAAGCUUGUGGGGCUUCUUCAGUUCGUCAGGCACAAUGCUCUACGCUCACCUGCUGUUUGACUUAAAUUAAGUUAAAUAUAUGUUUUGAUUUUCUGUUUGAUUUUGCUAGAAAGCUCUGUAAUCCUCUGCCGUUCACACUGUUGCGAGUAGUGAGAUAAGUCUAAAUAAAACUAAAUAUUUUAGUUUUAA